AUGGCUUACUUCCUCAUGUAUCCUCCUGGAGCAUGGGCCAUCCACAUCAUUAGCGCAUGGCUACAUUUACAACUAAAGGCUUGCAGUAAAGCCCAAGGCUUUACACCUGCAGAUAGGUUAAGUCACGGUCUGAAAGAGGCGUUCCCCACCACAGGGGGGAAAACAGGCGUUCCCCACCACAGGGGGGGAAACAGGCGUUCCCCACCACAGGGGGGAAAGAGGCGUUCCCCACCACAGGGGGAAAAGAGGUGUUCCCCACCACAGGGGGGAAAAGAGGCGUUCCCCACCACAGGGGGGAAAGAGGCGUUCCCCACCACAAGGGGAAAAGAGGCGUUCCCCACCACAGGGGGAAAAGAGGCGUUCCCCACCACAGGGGGGGAAACAGGCGUUCCCCACCACAGGGGGGAAAGAGGCGUUCCCCACCACAGGGGGAAAAGAGGCGUUCCCCACCACAGGGGGGAAAGAGGCGUUCCCCACCACAGGGGGGAAAACAGGCGUUCCCCACCACAGGGGGGAAAGAGGCGUUCCCCACCACAAGGGGAAAAGAGGCGUUCCCCACCACAGGGGGAAAAGAGGCGUUCCCCACCACAGGGGGGAAAACAGGCGUUCCCCACCACAGGGGGGAAAGAGGCGUUCCCCACCACAGGGGGAAAAGAGGCGUUCCCCACCACAGGGGGAAAGAGGCGUUCCCCACCUCAGGGGGAAAGAGGCGUUCCCACACCACAGGGGAAAGAGGCGUUCCCCACCACAGGGGGAAAAGAGGCGUUCCCCACCACAGGGGGAAAAGAGGCGUUCCCCACCACAGGGGGAAAGAGGCUCCCCACCACAGGGGAAAAGAGGCGUUCCCACCACAGGGGGAAAGAGGCGCUCCCCACCACAGGGGGAAAGAGGCGUUCCCCACCACAGGGGGAAAAGAGGGCGUUCCCCACCACAGGGGAAAACAGGCGUUCCCCACCACAGGGGGAAAACAGGCGUUCCCCACCACAGGGGGAAAACAGGCGUUCCCCACCACAGGGGGGAAACUUGAAGCAGCCAUGCUUCUCAUCCAGAACACUCUUUAACUUAUCCUGUUGA